GCGAUACUGCGCACAACGACUGGGUGCUUCCACCGUCAGCGACGAUGGGCAACUCCCUCUCGAGGUCCAACUCGCAGGCAUCGUCCUCGUCCGCAGCCAAAGCGCGCUCGCGAGCUAUCGACAAGCAGCUCGAGCAAGACGGAAAACAGUUUAAACGAGAAUGCAAGAUUCUGCUACUUGGAUCCGGCGAGUCGGGAAAGACGACGAUCGUCAAGCAGAUGAAGAUCAUACAUCAGAACGGGUUCACUCAGGACGAACUGGAGGCAUACAAGCCUAUCAUCUACCGGAACCUCAUUGACUCCGCGCAGGCUCUCGUACGAGCUAUGGACACCUUCCACAUACAAUGUACCCAUCCUGAAAACACCGCUCACGCGAAGGCGAUUGCCGCAUAUGAACUUCCCGUUCCUGAUUCAUGUCUCAUAGCGAUGCCUGAGCCAUUGUCCUCAUCAUCUCGAUCCGCAAUGAUUCAACUACCUCCUCAAAUGGCUCGUGCUAUACAUCAUGUGUGGCAGGACCCUGCUAUAGAACGCGUGCUCGAGCAACGCUCUCAGUACUACCUCAUGGAUAACGCGACACACUUCCUCAAAUCCGCAUUACGUAUAGGUUCAAGUGAUUACGUCCCUGACGAAACUGACGUCUUACGUGCUCGUGCGAAGAGCACGUCCGUCGUGGAGACUCGAUUUCACAUGGGCGGUGCGACAAUACACAUGUUCGAUGUUGGCGGUCAGCGAUCAGAACGGAAGAAGUGGAUACACUGCUUCGAAAGUGUGACGAGCAUCAUCUUCUGCGUCGCUCUCAGCGAGUACGACCAAGUGUUACUAGAGGACAUGAAACAGAAUCGGCUGGUGGAAUCCUUGCAACUUUUCGAAUCCAUCGUCAACUCUCGCUGGUUCCUUCGGACGUCUAUCGUACUCUUCAUGAAUAAGAUUGACGUUUUCAAGAAAAAGUUGCCAAAGGUGCCCCUGAACGUUUAUUUUCCCGAGUACAAAGGCGGAUCGGACAUCAACAAGGCGGCAAAAUAUAUCUACUGGCGAUUCAUGCAGGUCAACAGGGCGAAGCUGACCGUCUUCCCGCAUCUUACUCAAGCGACUGACACGGCGAACGUGCGCAUCGUGUUUACCGCCGUUAAGGAGUCCAUCUUUAAGAAUGCACUCCGUGACUCCGGUAUAUUAUAGGCUGGGUCCUUGGUUCCAUAUGUUGCUUCAUUUAUCUACUCUGGGAUGCCUGGUCGCUGGUGUGUCAAGUUGGAUUACUUUCAUCGCUAUCCGGGAAUGUCCGCCGCUUGGUUUGGUGUUCCAUGCACGGACACCCUUCGUUCUCGUUAUGUGCUCGGACAACGCGCUGCUGUCGUGCCUCGUCC